AGGCACAAAAAUACCCACCGGAGUUGUAUAAAUAGUGUCAAGUGCAGCCACAAAUCAGUGUUGUUCCAUUUGUGAAAACGGUGCUAAUUACCAUGAAUCGAUUUUUGUCGUUGUUGGUGCUCCUUCUGGGUGCCACCCUCAUCAAGUCCGAUGGUGACAGAGAAAACGAACUUUACACCAUCAGAGGAGUACCGUCCAACUUGGUACUGGACGCCGGUGCCUCACACCGCGUCACCAUGCAGUACUUCUCCGGUUCCAAGUCUCAGCUGUGGAAAUUCGUCCGUGGAAGAAGAGCCGGUUUGUACCAGAUUGUCAACAACAGCACGGGGUCGGUACUUGACUUUGCCCCAAGUAGUUCCACCAAUUAUCUGGUUACAAACCCCAAUGCUGGUACUUUGACUCAGCAGUGGUUCAUUCAUGCCAACCAACGUAUUGUGAAUGCCGAAAAUUCGAUGAAUAUGGACGUGCAAGGUGCAAGUACUCAGGCGGGAACUCCGGUUAUCAUCUACAGGGAUAAUGGGGGUUCGAAUCAGGAAUUCAUUUUGCAGAUGAAGCAAGGAGAUUAUGAGAAGGAUUCCGAUGAAACUGGUCCGAGCAGCGGCGAAAACCCCGAAAAUAGCAGCGAAAAUAUUAAUAAGAUUGUUAAAGGCGUAGAUCGUAACAUGUAAAGUCCUGGAAUGUCUCGUUAGAAAUAGAUUUUGAAGAUUA